ACCACGCCUCCUAAACCCCAUCGCUCCCAGCUCGAAAAACACACGGAUACUGGAAAACUAAGAGACAACAAUGGCCUGCCCUUCGCUCUUACGCUCCGCCACGUCGUCGUUUCACGGCCAAUUCCCCGUUGCCGUUUCACCUCCGCCUUUACGACUUUCGUACGGAAACCCUAGGAAUGUGGUGGUGCAGGUGAAGGCCGCGGAGGUGGUGCUGGUAGAGUCGGAGGCAGAAAAGGUCAGCCGGCUCAAAACCACUUACCUCGAAAGAAUCAUCCCUAAGCUCAAAGAAGAGUUCUCUUACACCAACAUCCACGAGGUUCCGAAGAUUGAGAAGAUUGUGGUGAACUGUGGAAUUGGAGAUGCUCAACAGAAUGCUAAGGGAUUGGAAGCGGCAAUGAAUGACUUGGCACUCAUUACAGGGCAGAGGCCCAUCAAGACACGAGCAAAGGUUUCCCUUGCUACCUUCAAGAUCAGGGAAGGCCAGCCACUUGGGAUUGCUGUCACACUCAGAGGAAAUGUGAUGUAUGCAUUCCUUGAUCGUCUGAUUAACCUGGGACUUCCUAGGACAAGGGAUUUCCAAGGUCUAAACCCAAAUAGUUUUGAUGGAAAUGGGAAUUACGCCCUUGGAAUCAAGGAACAGAGUGUGUUCCCGGAGAUUCGGUUUGAUCUUGGUAAGGGCAGGGGAAUGGAUGUUUGCAUCAGAACAACUGCUAAAACAGACAAAGAAGCACAGACGCUUUUGGCUCAGAUGGGGAUGCCGUUCAGAGAGACCGGCCCAGCAUCGGCGGUGCGCAAGAAGAAGCUCAAGUCUCACCAUUUCAGUUCGAAGGGUGGAAGAGGACGAAGGUGAAAGUUUGGUGUCCGGAGAGGAUGACAUUUUGAUGCUGUUUUGUAAUUUUGCCGUGUUAAAACCACCACCAACAGUUGUUCUGUAUGUUCAAUGAAAUUAAUGUCAAUUCUUGUUGUGUAAAUUUUGCAGCUGUAAAUCAGUUGCUCAUUGGCUUAAAACAAAUUAAUUGUUUGAUAA